AUGGUGCAUGGAGCUUGGGUCAUCAAAAAACUCAACAUUCCAUCUCUCAAGUUGUCGACGAAAAGGACCGUCGAGCAGUGGAAUCACUUAUCUGACGUAGAUCUUCCUGAACUCCAAGGUGGUGACGUGAUGGUUCUCAUUGGAGCUGACAUGGCUCACUUAUUGAUUCACCUUGAGGUCCGCCAGGGGCGACGGGAUGAGCCCAUCGCAGUAAAGACUUGGAUGGACGCUGUUUGGAAAUAUAGAGAGACUACAUUGCAGCAUCAAAUCGAACGAUUUUGGGAGAUCGACUCUUACUCAACCAAGCGAGUUCUCUCUGAGUCCACCUUGUCAGUUGAAGACAAACAAGCUCUGGCCAUCCUUGAAAGCAACACAGUCAAGGAGGAAGGCCACUACAAAACGGCACUGUUAUGGAAAUGUGAACCAGUCUUGCCUACCAAUUAUGCUAUGGCAGUUUCAAGACUUCAUUCCACUGAGAAGAAACUCAAGAAAAACCCAGAUCUAGCAGAGAAAUCUCAGAAUGUCACCAACGAUUAUGUCACUAAAGGACACGCCCAAAGGAUGACAAAAGAAGAGGCCAAAGUGAUAACCCCAAAAACAUGGUACUUACCACACCAUGCAGUUGUUAAUCCAAACAAGCCUGGAAAGGUUCGUGUGGUCUUUGACGCCGCAUCAAAAUUUGAUGGUGUUUCCUUGAAUAACAAGCUUCAGACUGGCCCCGACCUGUUGAACAGUUUGGUAGGGGUCCUUAUGAGAUUUCGAACAGGAAGGAUCGGCGUGAUGGCGGACAUUGAACAAAUGUUUCAUCAAGUGAGAGUUUGUGAAGAAGAUAGAGACUCUUUGCGCUUCUUGUGGAGAGACUUAGAUGAAACGAAGAGACCAAGUGAAUAUAAGAUGACUGUUCACGUGUUUGGCGCUGUGGAUUCACCGUGUUGCGCAAACUAUGCGUUGCAGAGAACUGCUCGUGAUCAGCAAGGGAAAUUCAGCGAGGAUGCCAUCAACGCUGUUCGACGUAAUUUCUAUAUGGAUGACCUCCUAGCAUCGAAGCAAAACUGCGAUGAAGCCACAGGUCUGGCUAAAGAUUUGAUAGGAAUCCUAGCAACUGGCGGGUUUCGCCUAACGAAGUGGAUGUCAAACAGCCGAGAAGUGCUCACAGCAAUCCCUUCGUCAGAAGUGGCGUGCGACAUUAUUCACUUAGAUCGUAAUGGAUUGCCUCAAGAAAGAGCCUUAGGCGUCAAGUGGUGUGCAGAGCAAGAUCUGCUGAGUCUUGAACCAGCGAAGAGUAAAUUCCCAAACACCAAGCGAGGAAUAUUGAGUGCCACGAGUAGCGUGUUUGAUCCCCUAGGCCUUGCCGCGCCCUACGUAAUAAAGGCGAAAGUGAUCAUCCAAGAGUUGUGGAGACGUCAGAUUGAGUGGGAUAGCGAGCUGCCCAAUGAUAUCCUCCAGAAGUGA